AUGUCGACAACCGAACACGCGGUCAUUGGCUCGGCUCCGGCGCCCGCACAGGCCGCAUUGAGUGAGAAGGCCCAGCAACACGACGCGGACACGGCCGAGACCAACGGCAAGCCAGCGGAAGCCGGGAAACAGGAAGAGCAACACCAGAAGAGCGAGGAGAAACAAGACAACGGGAAGGAGGAGAAGAAACCGUCGGGUGGCUUUGAUGCCACACCGAUCCCCUCGCGGCCUGCCGGGUACACGAUCAAGAUCAAAUUCCACCGCGCAGAGAAUCUCCCCGUCGCCGACAUCAACGGCUUCUCUUCCGACCCGUACUGCCUCGCCCAGCUCAAUUGCGACACACCGAAGCGGCACAAGGAGGACCCGCCCUUGCGAUGGAGAAGCGCAACUGCCCGCAAGAACUUGGAGCCGGAGUGGAACGAGGAAUGGAUAGUUGCCAACGUGCCUUCUUCAGGCUUCAAGCUGAAGAUCCGCGUCUACGACGAGGAUCCGGCGGACCAUGAUGAUAUGCUUGGCAAGGUGCAUAUCACCGUACCAUCAAUCCAUGAUGGUUGGCAUGGUAUCGAAGAAGAGGGCUACAGGCUACAGGCACGCGAAGGCAGCAGGAGAGCUUAUCUGAUCCAGGCUUUGACCACCUGCUUCAGGGCGAACAAGGCCUUCCACGGCCAUCUGUUCGUGAGCAUUGAGGUGCUGGGUCGAACUCAAGAGGAUGGCCAGAACGGCCGAGUCUACACCGUCGGUCCGUGCAGAUGGGUCCGCCAUUUCAGUCCAAUGCUGGGCCGCCUUGUUAAUAUCAAGGAGCCUGACAGCGAGGAAUCACGGCAACAACCAGCCGCAAACGGCCGCAAUAACGGACAAAGUGGAAGUGAGCAGAAGAAGGCUGAAAAAUAUAAUUUCCAGGCAAAUCAGUUUCAGCUCGAAGGUCCUGUUCCGGCGGAGCUCUAUCACCGCUACGUAGAAUUCAAGCCCUGGGUCUCGCGCAUGUUCACCAAGAGGGGGCUCACAGGUAUGGUCAUAGGCAGUGCUCUCCACCACCAGCACGCUCGUGUGUACAACUUCGGCCGCUCGACAGAAUGGGGCCACUUCCCCGAGGGACCAAGCGAGAAAAUGACCAGGCAGUUUCUCGAUCUCGUCCACUACGACCAAGGGGGCCGCAUCUUCACCUACAUCAUCUCCCUCGACGCCCUCUGGCGCUUCACGGAAACCGGAAAGGAAUUCGGAAUCGACAUGUUGAGCAAACACACCAUGCACAGCGACGUGAGCAUCUACAUUGCUUUCUCCGGCGAAUUCUUCAUCCGACGUCUCAAGCACCCUCGUCGACCCCCACCCCCAGAACCCGUUGAGGAAUCCAGCCAAUCUCAUCCACCAGAGCACCAGCAGAACGAAGAACACCCGCCCAAGGACCUCUCCAACGGCCCACCAGAAGACGACCCCCCACGAGACCCCUCCCACUACGAACUCGUCAUCGACAACGACUCCGGCACCUACCGCCCCAACGCCGACCUCCUGCCCCUCCUCAAACAGUUCCUCGCCCACAACCUCCCCGGCAUCCACAUCCUCACUCUCGACUGCGGCAAAGACGCCGAGCGCCAGCAACAGAUGAAGAAGGAACAGCGCGAACGCAAGCAGAAAGAAGGCGAUCACAUCGUCUACAUGCAGGGUUCCCGAUCGAGUUCGAUCUCCUCUUCGGACGAGGAAGAUCUGGAUCGCAUCCAGGCCGGGUUGAUUGACGAGGGGGCCGUGGAGAGGGAACAUGGGGUUCUCAGUCACGCUGCGAAGGAUGCCAAGUUGACGAAUCGGAGUCGGAUGGAUAAGGCCAAGCGGGAUUACAUGAUCAAGAGGGGAGGGAGGGGGGAGGAUGCGAAUUUGCCCGCUACUAGUAGUAGUUAG